CUUCGGAGCGAGCCAGGCGGCCGAGAAGGGGAGGGAAGAAAGUUGGUUUCCCCCGACGUCAGCGCCGGGCGGGCCGCGGCGGCCGCGGAGCCAGGAGGCGGCCGGGAGCGGGGCCGAGCGCGGGGCGGCCGGGGCGCGCUCGCUCCGACCCGCGCCUGCCACCGCCGCCGCCGGCGACCCCGGGGCCGCCCGCGGGCAUGGACAGCGCGGCCGGUGCCGCCUUCGCCCUGGACAAGCCGGCGCUGGGCCCGGGGCCGCCGCCGCCGCCGUCGCCCGCGCUGGGGCCCGGCGAUUGCGCCCAGGCGCGCAAGAACUUCACGGUCAGCCACCUCCUGGACCUGGAGGAGGUGGCGGCGGCCGGGCGGCUGGCGGCGCGCCCCGCGGCCAGGGCCGAGGCGCGGGAGGGCGCGGCGCGCGAGCCGUCCGGGGGCAGCAGCGGCAGCGAGGCGGCGCCGCAGGACGGUGAGUGUCCCAGCCCCGGGCGCGGCGGCGCCGCCAAGCGGAAGAAGAAGCAGCGGCGGAACCGCACCACGUUCAACAGCAGCCAGCUGCAGGCGCUGGAACGCGUGUUCGAGCGCACGCACUACCCCGACGCCUUCGUGCGCGAGGAGCUCGCCCGGCGAGUCAACCUCAGCGAGGCGCGCGUCCAGGUCUGGUUUCAGAACCGCCGGGCCAAGUUCCGCCGGAACGAGCGGGCCAUGCUGGCCAACCGCUCCGCCUCGCUGCUGAAGUCCUACAGCCAGGAGGCUGCCAUCGAGCAGCCGGUGGCGCCCCGGCCCACCGCCCUGAGUCCGGAUUAUCUCUCCUGGACAGCCUCUGCCCCCUACAGCACGGUGCCACCGUACAGCCCUGGAGGCUCAGGCCCCGCCACCCCAGGGGUCAACAUGGCCAACAGCAUCGCCAGCCUCCGUCUCAAGGCCAAGGAGUUCAGUCUGCAUCACAGCCAGGUGCCCACAGUGAACUGACAGCCGGCCCCACCAGGACCCCCGCUGCCUCCCUGGUCUAAGAACAACCAAAAAGAGGGCAGCCACGCAGGAAAGUGACCUUCCCCUGUCCUCUGUCUCCAGGACAGGCUGGGUGGGCCUUCCUGGCCCCUCUCUCCAGCUGGGACGCCUGGGCCCAAGAGGCUGCUGAGAUGCCCAGUUUCGGCUCAUCCCCUUGUCCACGGCCGCUAGAGACUUCAGGCCUUGACCUUGGAGGGGUUGGGCCAGCAGGUGGAGCAGCAGCUCACCGAGGACUCACUUACUUUGCGUAUUAAAGCCAAAAAGUUGUCGUCUUCAAGAAAUAAACAUCUUUUGGGA